AUGCCAUCAGGUCGCAAUUUCCGAGGACCAGAAUUGUCGGUUGCUGGGUUCCAUUCCUCCCAAAGUUUGUGGCGAAAAAUCCAGGAAUUAGGGUUAACUCGUUUAUACAAAACCCAUAGAAAAGUAUAUGACUUUUUUCGAAUGGCGGUGGCAAUAGCAUUAUUACCGCCAGAAAAUACAUGGGAAGGAUUUAUGGAAUUGAAACUUUUUUCCGUAGCAAUAUUUAUAAUACUGUUGAACCAGAUGAAAGUUUGA